GCGGGGCCCUCCUUCUCUUCGCCUCUAGCCCGGGACUCGCCUCCCUUCGCCCGUCUCUUCGCCUGCGCCGCGGCUGCUGCUGCUGCUGCUUUUUGCUUUUGGAGACGCCACGCCUGCCUCUGCUCGCCGCCAUGGGGGACGUGGUCUCUGCGCACCUGGACGAGAGCCGGCGCCAGUUCAUCGCAGAUAAAACUGGCAAGAUCCUGACCGAGUUCUGCCAAUUCUAUGAGGAGCAGUAUGGCGUCGCACUCUUCAACAGCGUCCGCUACGAGAUCGAGGGCAGCGGAGGGCCCCAGUCGCAGCUGCUGCACCGGAAGAUUCCGCUGGAGGACCGCACCAUCUUCUCGGGGAACCUGUUCCAGUACAUGGAAGAGAACAAGAAGUGGAGGAACCGCUUCAGCGUUGUGCCCUACAACUAUGGGCUGGUGCUGUACGAGAACAAAUUGGCAUACGAGAGAGGCCUUCAGCCGCGGAUUCUUAUCAACAGUGCCGGCUACAAGAUCCUCACCUCUCUUGAGCAGUACCUGGAGUUGAUUAACAGUAACUUGCCAGGCCCUCCGCCCAAAUCGGGCAACACCUCUGUCCUGAAGUGUCCCACCCAGUUCCCGCUCAUCCUGUGGCACCCUUACGCGCGGCAUUACUACUUCUGCGUGAUGACGAGCCAGGAGCAGGAGAAAUGGCGGGCCGUCUUCCAGGACUGCGUGCGGCACUGCAAUAACGGGAUCCCAGAGGACUCCAAGGUCGAAGCGCUUGCGUUUAUCGAUGCCGUCCGCAUGUACCGCCAGUCUAAGGAGCAAUAUGGCACCUGGGACAUGCUCUGUGGGAACGAGGCACAGGUCUUGAGCAACUUGGUGAUGGAGGACCUUCUGCCUGAACUGAAGAACGUGAUUGGGCCUCGGCUGAAGGGCAAAGCCCAGGAGAGACACCGAGUUUGGAUUCAGGUCUCGGAUGCUGUGUAUAGGAUGGUCUACGACCAGACGAAAGCCCACUAUGACGCCGCCGUGGCCAAGUGCGAGGAGCAGUCUCCCGGGAUGCAGAGCACCAUCCGUACAGAUAUGGACCAAAUAAUCCAGUCCAAGGAGCACCUGGCCAGCAAAAUCAGAGGCUCGGUCUUCUCCAAAGCGGAGAUCUGCGUCCGGAACCACGUCCAGCCGUACAUCGCUUCUAUCCUGGAAGCGCUGAUGAUUCCCACCAGCCAGGGCUUUGCCGAAGUGCGUGAGGUCUUCUUCAAGGAAGUCACUGAUAUGAACAUGAACAUCGUCAACGAAGGCGGCGUGGAGAAGUUGGGCGAGUACAUGGAGAAGCUUUCCCGGCUGGCUUUCCACCCAGUCAAGAUGCAGUGCUGCUAUGAGAAGAUGGACCAGUUGAAGCUGGAAGGGCUGCAGCAGAGGUUUGACGUGUCCAGCGCCUCCGUAUUCAAGCAGCGCGCCCAGAUCCUGAUGAGGCAGCAAAUGGACGACGCCGUCUACACCUUUGAGACGCUCCUCCAUCAAGAGGUGGGGAAGAAGUUGAACAAAGAGGAACUCUGCAAGGCGAUCCAGCGCAUCCUGGAGCGCGUACUCAAGAAAUACGACUAUGAUAGCAGCACCGUGCGGAAGAAGUUUUUCCGCGAGGCCUUGCUGCAGAUUACCAUCCCGUUCUUGAUGAAGAAACUGGCACCCACUUGCAAAGGGGAGCUAUCGAGAUUCCAAGAGCUGAUAUUUGAGGAUUUUGCUCACUUCAUCCUGGUGGAGAACACAUACGAAGAGGUGGUGCUGCAGUCCGUCAUGAAGGACAUCAUGAUGGCGGUGAAGGAGGCAGCAGUGCAGCGGAAGCACAACCUUUACCGUGACAGCAUCGUGAUGCAUAACAGUGACCCUAAUCUUCACUUGCUGGGCGAGCGGACCCCCAUCGACUGGGGGGAGGAAUACGGCAGCGGGCAGGAGGACGCAGACCUGUCGGAUGAAAAGCAGCGGCGAGCCAGGCAAGUGAUGUCGGUCAUCCACGUCGAUGAAGGGACCCUACCAUGCGACCUCACUUCGCUGGAGGCCUCCCCGGAAGCGACGGAGCAGGAGGAGUCGCCGGACCGCUUCUCUUCGCCGCCUACUCGGGGCUCCCCCGACAGCGUGAAGGAGAUCCGCGGGAUGCUGGUGAAGGAAUUCCAAGCAGAGGCUCCGGUGGCGGUUGACACCAAAGUGGAGGAGCAGCUCAGCAAUGGCGCCGUUGUCCAGGAAAGCAAAGCCAUUGUGGAGCGGGAGGAGGAGGAGGAGAAGGCGGGCCAGGAAGCCGUGCAGGGGGUGGCUGAGCAUGCCGCAGAAUCCUCCACCGGGCGCCCGGAAGCGGGACGGGAAGCCGCAGCUGCUGCGCCCACUUCUCCCGCCGAGGCGGUUUCCCCGGCAGCUGACUGCGCCCCAGCGGAGCACCCUGAGCCCAGCGAUCAAGAGACAGGGGAGGAGGCGGCGGCAGCCCAGGUGAGCGAGGUGGGAGCCAAGCCGUCCCUGGAGGACAGCCAGCGGGCGACAGACGACAGCGAGGGGAUACAGACUCAGUUCUAGGCCGCUCCCCUUGCGGGCGGAUUUCUCCGGGCCGCAUCCCCGCCCAAGGCAGACUGGAGUGGGCAACCCUGUGGGGCAGGGGAGGGGGACGGCGGAGCGCCCGGCCUGGGCCAGCUUUGUCCGUUGCUUGUGCGCGCUCGAUCCCGCUGGAAGGGGUGCUGCUUUUUUUGGAAUGGCAUGGAGGAGCCCCCCGAGACAAUGUUGGCUGCUCGAAUGUGCUCUCACUGCCUCCCGGGACCCGGCUGUGGCUGCCCCUCCUGGGCCUCCCUCGCCCCAAAUGGGCCGCCCCCCCACUCCCCUUCUUUGCACCUUGCUCUCUCCAAGUUGGAUCGUUGGGCCAUUGGGUUUGUUUCCCCGUCUACUGAGGAAGACACUUUAUCUGGGGUGCUGAGGACACGUGGCGCGCCUCGGCUGGAUCCCCCUCUGCACAGCGGACGCUCUCCCCCCCCCCCCCCCCGCCCCCUUAUUUUGACCUGUCCAACUUCUGACCUGCCUCCUGGUUGUGUGUCUAAUUCACUCUCUCCCUGUAGCCACGAUAGAGGCUGCUUCCCCCUGUGGGCUUCUCUUCCGCUUCCGGUUCCUGCGGUUUUGACCAGUGUGAGCCGGGAAAUGUCAUCUGGGUGCCCGACUCUUCCCUCCCUGCGCCGGUGAAGUGGUUGCCUGCUUGCCGGGUCUCCGUGGGCUUUUCUUAGUAGCCCGGUGGCAACACCAGCUGUUCUUUACGGCGUAGGUGAUAGAGAGCUCCAGCUGAAGGACCCAGCAGGUAGGCUGAGACCCCAGGUGCAAAUGGAGCCUCUUUCUGAGACCCCAGGUGCAAAUGGAGGCCAGAAAUUGGAUGCCGUGUCGGAUGGUACGGUGAAGUGGGUUUGGAGCUGAAUGUGGCUGAAGGUUGUGGAAAGCGGGGCAAACGGAAAUCUCUCUGGCCAAGGGUUUUAUCUGGCAAAAGGGCUCUUUGGGCUUAUUUGCAGGCGACGGGUUUUCCAGAGAUGCACAGGAUAGGGUAGAGAGGCAGAGGGUGUGUGUUUGUGUGAAGGGGUGUGUGUGUGUCUCCCCCAUUGUGCUCUUGGCUGGAAACAGCAGCUCUCUUGCAUUUAGGAAUGUGUGCGUCACCCUGCCUGGGGAGAUACUUGGGUUUGUGGCCAAAAGGAGUUACCCGUGAAGGAGCCCCCCGAGUGACCUUGCCAACUUGAGUGUUUACACCAGAUGUGGUUGUCCUGUGUGUGCCAGGAGUGGUGGCACCUUAUUUGGGAUGAAAGGUGUACCCCUCUCUGAUCUGGGGGAUCCAGGCAGGUGACUAUUGGCGGCUCCAGUCAUGUUCAACAAGGAGGAGUUCAGUUCAGAGACAUGUUGCUGGCACCCUCCGAUAGGAUUUCAUUUCUCCCCAACUUAGGUUGGCCUCUUCACUUGGUUCUUGUGUGGUUAGGGAAGGAUAAGUGGUUUAUUCGUGGGCGGGAGGUGAAGUGUCCCUUCUCUGCCCACACUGAGAAAUAAUUUAUAGGCAAGGCAAAGGGUGAGGGGACACCCACCCCUUCCUUUUGACUCUGAACAAGCAUCCCUUUCUCCUGCGCUGUGGGGUGGCCGACGCAAACCUCAACUUGCCUCGAUUCUGCGAAACGAGUUAGUAGCAGUAUUGGAUUCGGACGCAUUAUUUUAAUCCAUUUUUUUUCCACCCAAGUGGGAGGGGAGAAUACUGGUUUCUGCCCUUAUCCUCCCUAUAUUUGAAGGCUAAAGCCCUGUUCUGUGAGAGAACUGAUUAACCUUUUGAGCUUCUCUUUGGGUUGGAGGUGAACACAGUCAAGCUUCUGAGGUGGCAAUCCCAUGUGAAAAUGAAACGAGCCAGAGAUUUGUAGCUGUGCGACUACAUUUAGCAAGGGCUAUUUCCCCCACUAUGUGAAGCUAAUUCAUUUAAUACUGGGAGGGGGAAAUCACAUCCCAAGAGGGACACCCUUGUGCUCUGUUCCAGCUCAGCGGUUGAUCAGUUUUGGUUGCUGCCUUGCUCUUUGCCCCACGGAGGGCAGAAAUCUUGAUUUUUACCUGCAAGGUGCACAAGUAGGAAAGCUGGUCUGUAGAUUAUCUCUGUCUUGGGUGGAAAGUAACCUUUUGUGUGUGUGACGGCUCUAAAUGGACCCACGAGGUACAGUUGAAUGGAGUAACUACUAAAAAGAUGAGUUCUCUGCUUAUUUCUUUCCUUAGAUCAGGCGUGCGCCACCCGAGCCUCUCCAGCAGCUCAACUACAACUCCCAUCAUCCCCGUGCUGCCGUGGCCAAUGCUGCAAGGGGUGACGGGUGUUGUAGUCAAAGCCCUGCUGGAGAGCCCCCAGGUUGAACACAGAGGUGUGUGUAAGACGAGCUGUCCUUUUUGCCUUGAUCCAGCUUUUCCCGCGGCCCCCCACCAAAUGUCUGCUUUGGGUAUGAGAGAGGGGUGUCGCUCUGUUUUCUUCCUGAAUUGACGUGGCCUUAAGUCCUGGUUUUAAAAAGCAAAACGCUGGCAGUCUGUGGACAUCUGGUUUCCGUCAAUGUUUUGGGCAGCAGGAGGGGCAGAGGCCCCAAAGGAGGAACGGAGCACCUCUUUUGAAAUUAGCACCUGCUUAGGAGUAACACGGAACCUUCUGAAGGCACACAGGGACUACCCACCACCCACACCUUGCCCGUCUCCCAACCUCCAGCACCGUCCUGCUGUGAUCACAUUCCAGUGCCUGUGCGCUUUUUCCAGUGUGCCUGUCGUACUUUUAUCUUAAAAACGAUUCGGGAAAGAAGAGCCGCGUGGUGGUUCUUCUUCUUUGCCAUUCAUCAAGUGCCUUAAUCCUGAGAAUCCAAAGUCUAUGUCUCUUGCAAAUCUUAUACCAAAUGUUUUAAGAAAAAUGUGCUUAUAUAUUAAUAAUAAAAUUCAGCUUUAUUUAA